CGACUCCUUCACCACUGUGUACAAUCCCAGCCGACACUUGAAUUCUUUUUUAAAUUGUUUGUAUUUCUUUUUCGUUUCUAAAACCCUAUUUUACUCGCUUCAGUCUCUCCAGUCUUAGUCAACCACUACUGAAUCGUGAAUCAAUGGUUGAAGCCAUGAUGAUUUGAAAAAAAGAGAGUAAAGUUUCAAUCUUUUUCAAAUUUCGUGUGAUUUUCAGAAAUGGGGGAUUCCGAUAGAGAUUCCGGCGGAGGGCAAAACGGGAACAAUCAGAACGGACAGUCGUCGUUGUCUCCGAGAGAGCAAGAUAGGUUCUUGCCGAUCGCUAACGUGAGCCGGAUCAUGAAGAAGGCCUUGCCCGCUAACGCCAAGAUCUCCAAAGAUGCGAAAGAGACGAUGCAGGAGUGUGUCUCGGAGUUCAUUAGUUUCGUCACCGGAGAGGCGUCGGAUAAGUGUCAGAAGGAGAAGAGGAAGACGAUCAACGGCGACGAUUUGCUCUGGGCUAUGACUACUCUAGGUUUCGAGGAUUACGUUGAGCCAUUGAAAGUUUACUUGCAGAGGUUUAGAGAGAUUGAAGGGGAGAGGACUGGACUUGGGAGGCCACAGACCGGUGGUGAAGCCGGAGAGCAUCAGAGAGAUGCCAUCGGCGGCGAUGGCGGUGGAUUCUACGGUGGUGGGUUGCAGUAUCACCAGCAUCAUCAGUUUCUUCACCAGCAGAACCAUAUGUAUGGGUCCACAGGCGGUGGUGGUGGCGACGGUGGAGGAGGAGCUGCCUCCGGUAGGACAAGGACUUAAAAGAUUGGUGAAGUGGGUCUCUCUCUGUAUAUAGAUACAUAUAUACACGUGCCUAUUCUUACCCAUAGUCGUGAUGUAUAAGUAUCAUGUUGGUUAUGUAAAAUCAGAUGUGCAUUAAGGGGUUAGAUUUUGCGGCUGUGUAAAGAGGAUCAAGUGAUGUUUAAAACGAUAGGAUUCGCUAACGGAUCUGCUCCGUUCAAUCUUUGUAUGUAACUAUUGGAUUUGGAUCGCAUUGAAUGCAAAUAUUUUUCAUUUA